AUGUUGUGGCUGCUGUUUUUUGUGGUGACUGCUACUCAUGCUGAACUCUGUGAGCCGGAUGCAGAAAAUGCUUUUAAAGUGAGGCUUAGUAUCAAAACAGCUCUGGGAGAUAACGCAUAUACCUGGGAUACAAAUGAAGAAUAUCUCUUCAAAGCGAUGGUGGCUUUCUCCAUGAGAAAAGUUCCCAACAGAGAAGCAACAGAAAUUUCCCAUGUCUUGGUUUGCAAUGUAACCCAGAGGGUGUCAUUCUGGUUUGUGGUUACGGACCCUUUGAAAAAUCACACCCUUCCUGCUGUUGAGAUACAGUCAGCCAUAAGAAUGAACAGGAACAGGAUCAACAAUGCUUUCUUUUUGAAUGACCAGACUCUGGAAUUUCUACAAAUUCCUUCCACUCUUGCAUCACCCAUGGACCCCUCUGCGCCCAUCUGGAUUAUUGUAUUUGGUGUGGUAUUUUGCAACAUCGCAGUUGCAAUUUCAGUACUGGUUUUAUCAGGGAUCAGGCAACAUAGAAGGAAGGACAACGAACUUCCUGAAGUGGAUGACACUGAAAAAAAGUGUGAGAAUGUGAUCACAAGUGAAAAUGGCGUCCCCUGCUACCGCCUGCACAAGAAUGGAGGGCGUAUUAAUGACGUCUUCGUGACAAAGGAUGAGUGGCUCACCCCUCUCUGA